UUAGAAUCGAGGAACCGGACUCGAGGAAAAAUGGCCCUCGUCGCGGGGGUAGGGAUAGGUGUGAUGGUGCUUGGCAUUGUCUGGGGCCUUGCAUUAUUUCUAUGUGUGGCCUUGUCCCGAGCUCAAGGACCUAUAUCAAACCUUGGUAUUGUGACAUUUCUUCUGGCGGCUUUCCUGACACUUAUACUGGUGGUGUUACCGAGGGAACCACGUACGGCAUCUGAAGAGGAGUUGGUUGUGGUUUAUGACUAUUCCAUCAUCUAUCGUUCCUUAUUGAUUGCUGGAUGUGGCCUCUUCCUGUUAAUUGGAUUGGUGGCCUACUUAACAACACACGUCAUGGAGCCACACUAUGCCAAACCACUUCGUCGGCUACGCACAUAGAAGAGGUCCAUCAUCAUGAUAAUUUCUGAAUGAGGAGGUGCUAAAAAACCCGAGUAAAUGAUGCUAAUAUGACAAGGUUUUAUAUUGUCAUUAAGGUACUUUUUCUGAGCCUGUGAUAGACCAGGAUUUUUCAUUAGAAAGUGUCUUUUCACAGACAAUUAUGGAAUAUUGUGGUAUGCAGUUAUUUCUAUAGAAUAUAUAUAUAUAUUUUCGAAGGAUCUUGACCUCAACUCCAGUACAUGUAGUAUUUGUCAGUCCGGCAAGUGUUCUGUCAGGCUACUUAUAAGGCAUGUCUGGAUAGUGACCAUUGGUCAGAAAGACUGGAACCACAUCCAAAGUUGUUUGGUCUGAAGUCCAGACAGGAGUACUAGAGUGUGAAUGGUUUGGAGUGCAGAAAGAUAUGAUAUUAAAAUCACUACACAGAUGUACUGUGAUUGACUGAAUGUGCUUUGCUCCUACACAAGGUUUUACCGUGUCAUAACGCCAUUUUUCAUGCAGGCAAAUUCUGAAAUGAUGAAGAGAUUUGUCAGAACAUAUCUAGAGAUGAGAGUUGAUAUCAAUGUUUUCAAUGUAAAACACAAUGACAGAGAUUGUUACAAUGAAUGAUAAAUAUGGGCAGUGUAUCAUUAUAUAUUGUAGUAAUCUGUCUGUAAUUGGUAAUAUGUCCGUCCUUACUGUCCUCUAACAAUGCUACUGAAUAAGAUUCCAUGUACUUUGACUUGUUAUUGGAUAAAAUAUAUUAUUUGUAUAUAAUUAAAAUAAUUUUGGUUAAUAUGUCCACCAAAUUGGUCAACGUUUAACCUUUAGAGAAUGUGGAAGUGUGUUUAAGCAUUCAAUUACGUAUAAAGUUUGUAUGUGUAUACCAUUCUUUGUUACUGUGAUACCGUUUAAUAUCUAGAAUUAUAUGAUGGUUCAGUCCUGCGACUUGUUUCAAUAAACAUUAAAUUCAUUGAUUACAAACCUCAUGUCAUAACAGGAAAAGAUACAUUGUGAAUAUGAUCAGUAGGACAUUUUAUAAAUAAGAUACAUGUACUAUUUGUAUUAUUGGGCAUUAACGAGAAAUCUAUCUUCAAGUUGAAACAUGUUUACAUAUUUUUGGUAACCUGGUACUAUAUCUACAUGCAAAUCGUUUCUCUAUACAUCUAUCAUUUCAUUCCGAAAAUUUCUGUUGUGAAGAAAAAUCGAUGAGGUUUUUAUCAGUAACCCGUGGUAAACCUGUUUUGUUAGUUUGAAUCCACUCUUGAUUGUUGUGAAAUUUCAGUCCAUUGAUAAAUGUACAAUUUAUUUUUAUAUUUUUUAAAACUCGAUUUCUAAAAACAAAGGAUUCCACAAUGUCAAAUUUAAAUAUCUAAGAAAUUUGUCAAGUUCUAUCAAAACUCUGAAAGUACCAUACAAUACAAGUCUCAGGAAUAACUAGUUGUUUAAGCAUAUUACAUAGUAACCAUUUUUCAUGUAAUUAGUUCUACAAACAAGGAAGCCUUUAGAAUUGUCUACAGCUGAAAAAAUAACCUAGAAAUCAUGUUACAGCUGGAGUAGGGUGGUUAAAAUAAAAGGGAUAAUUUGAAGGUUGUAAAGGUAUUUGUGUGGUGGAAACUCAGAAAGAACAGUAUGACUAGAAUUUUCCAGUAUUAUAGUAUGAAUAUUGUAGGAGUUAGAAGAAUGAUUGAAAUGUUCACAUAUUUAAUAUUUCAAAUCUGUCAAUUAAAUGUAAAAUAAAAUGUAUUGAAAAUGACAA